CCGUUCCCCAGUUUCUUGAGUCUUCACCCACCGCAAACCGCUUCCAGCCGAUAAAGCAAGCCCAAAGCUUAUGCUCGCAGAUCGGGGGUUCUGUUUAACGUGUUGAGCAAGCAACGUUUUGCGCCCAUUCGGCCCGGCUCUUUUUUGACUGCCCGCCAUGUCACAGUACGGCGCGCCAGCCCUACAACUUUCCUCCGUGUCGCCCAUCUCCCCCGUUGCCGCCUCAUCGACGUCGUCUACGGGCCCCGCCCGUCCCCCUCCUCCACCUUCCGUGAGGGGCGGUGGAGCCGGAGCCGGACCCGGAUCCGUGCCGGGACCCUCCGACGACGCGGCUUCAUCGCAAUCCGCCCAGCAACUUCAGCAGGCCCAGCACAAACGCGUCUAUCAGGCCUGCAUUCCCUGUCGCCGCCGCAAGGUUCGAUGCGAUCUCGGAUCUGUCGACGACCCCCACGACCCUCCAUGUGUCCGCUGCCGUCGCGAGAGCAAAGAAUGUUAUUUCAGCGCUACGCGCCGCAAGCGCAAGAUUGAUGACGACCCGCGAGAGGAAUCUGAGGAACAGGAUGACUACAUCCUUCGCAAUGGCCGUAAACAAUUGCGCACCGCGGCAUCGCCACCACCCGUCUUGGACCGUCGGUUGUACAGCGACGUACCCCUCACGCCGGGGGGAAGUCACGGACGGGCGCAGCCCUUGAGGCGGCCUGGCGACGCGUCAAAAAGCGCGCGCAGCAACAGCACGGCUGGCGAGUUUGGCAAUGGCGAGCCUAACACCCCGCUGGAGAACCUGGAGGCUCGGAGCGUCAUGCGGAGGGAGGUUUAUGGGCCGCACGAUGCGCUAGACCUGCUCUAUAAGGCAGCUACAGACAACGCAUCGCACAAGCCCGACAACAACCCGGCGCCGCCACAUAGUGCCAACCAAUCCGGUCCUCAUCACAUUCGUCACGACGUUGAGCCACCCAGGUCAGCCAACACCAACGCGUCAGGGGGUUAUCACAGCCGGCAUGUGUCACGCCAAGAUGGUCCAACCGCGGAGCAGGCGAUAGAUCCGGAAUUGACGAAGCGAGACCCCUCCAGUGAACCUGGGUACAACGAGGCGAUCAAGGCCUGGGGCCGAUUCCGCUUCGUGCGUGCUGGUUGGUUCACGGCCCAGGAAGCAAUCGACUACAUUGACUAUUAUUACAAAUAUCUUUCCCCCCUCACUCCCAUCUCGCCCCCGACGUUCAACAAUCCGGCAUCCCACUUAACGCUUCUGACAGAGGAGCCGAUCCUUACCGUGACACUUUUGACCAUCGCGUCAAGGUACCGUCGCAUGCCUGGCACCGGAGGCCACUGCCGUUCGCAUGCCAUCCACGAGCAGCUAUGGAUGUACCUCAGGGGCAUGAUUGAGCGCGUCGUGUGGGGUCAAGAAGCGUUUGGCGGCGGCUUCUGCGGCUCAGGGGCCGAAGAUCCCCAGAGCUCUAGCACGGCCCCCUGGAGGGGCUUGCGCAGGGGCAGCUUGAGGACUCUCGGAACCAUCGAGUCUCUGAUGAUCCUGACCGAAUGGCACCCGCGGGCACUCCACUUCCCACCGAACGAAGCGACCGACGAGUUGAUGCUGCCCUCGUAUGACCCGCCCAGCCCUGGCGAUAUCAAUGGCAACCAAAAGUCCUCGACUGGGUUUGGCGGGCGAAGGAUCGAGAGCUGGCUAGAGCCCGCCUGGAGGAGCGAUCGCAUGUGCUGGAUGCUGCUGAGCACGGGCAUGGGACUAGCUUACGAGCUCGGUGUUUUCGAUGAUGUUGACGAGCUGCUGGCCGCCGGUGCUAUUACUCGGCCUGAGUACGAAGAUGAGUCGUAUCGACUACGGGCGAACCGCAUUAAAAGGCUACUUUUGAUCUACCUGAGUCAGCUCGCCGGCCGGCUAGGCUGGACCAACAUGGUACCCGAGCGGCUGCGAAAGUCGGAUCCGGCCGUGUCGAGGAGGAAACGCCAUUCGGUCGAGGGUAACACACCGGGGACGAACCCGUCUUCGUUGUCAAACACCUUCAACUACAUACCAGACUUGGAGCUGGACGACCAGAUCAUCCACUGCUGGGUGGGGAUCAGCAACGCCAUGCAAGUCGGCAACGAGAGGCUGUUCAGGUCCCGGAAGCACACAACAGAAAUCAUCCAGACUGGGAAAUACAUCGAAUUGCUCGCAGAGUUCACGCCCAUGCUCAAAGAUUGGUGGAACCAGUUUGAGCGGUACCGGCUGCCUCCUUACAUCAGGCACGUCCUCACCAUCGAAUAUGAAUACGUGCGCAUCUACAUCAACUCGCUCUCCCUGCAGGCGGUGGUCGAGCGGUGCACCAACAACGCCGGCGGGGGUACGGGACCGGGUGGGAGCGUAUCGGGUCACUCGGGGCCGCAACUGUCGCCGCAGACGCAAAACUACUACGGAAAGCUGCCGCUCGGCCAGCUAGGCGGCUUCGGUGCUGAGGAUCAAGAGUACGUGAGGGAGGUGGUCAGCGGCAGCCGGAACCUGCUCCGGACCGUCGUCGAGGGCCUGCUCCCCGGGGACUACCUCAAGCACGCGCCCGUGCGCACCUACUUCCGCAUCAUCAGCGGCGCCAUGUUCCUGCUCAAGACGUUUGCGCUCGGCGCGCCCAAGUCGGACGUCGAGAUGAGCAUCCAGCUGAUGGACCGCACCGUGAGCGCGCUCCGGAACUGCGUCGUCGACGACGUGCACUUGGGCAUCCGCUUCGCCGACAUGCUCGAGACCUUGACCAGCCGCCUGCGGAACCGGUUCAUCUAUGCGCCUCCACCUGCCUUGUCGACGGAUGGCAGAUCGCCCGGAGCGACGCACGGCGAUCUCGCGAAUGGGGGUGGCUUGAACGGGCUGUCGCAUACAGGGCAUCCUAAUGAGGUGUGGCUGAAAUUGAGGGAAGGGCCUGGUCCUGACCGCUCCACAACCCCAGCCAACAUCUCCGCCACCCCCUGGGACCUCACAGCGGGAACGUUCCCCUACCCCACAGGCUCAACGUCCAUGUUCGGCCCGUCAACCCCCGCCGCCACCACAGGGCUCGACAACACCAACACUAGUAACAACAACAACCCCAACCCCAACGUCAACCCUAGUAGCAGCAUAGGCGACAACAGCGGCCUGUUCGACAACCCGGACUGGGCCAACCCCAACAACGAGAUGUGGUACCUGCCCACGGGCGCGGCCUUCUUCCAGAACAUUGAUAACAACGCCGUCUCGAUGACGGCCGAGGGCGUGAAUGUGGGCGGCCUCGACCUGCUCGAGUACAUGGCCAUGGACCCGAUGGACCAUCAUAACUUUGGCAUGGACGGGAACGGGUUCUGAUUUUUGUGUUGUUGUUGUUUUUCUUUGCUUCCUGCGGUUUUUGCUUUUUCUUACCCGACGUGCGGGUCGACGGGGGAACCGAAAAUAUCGGGGAGAAAGGAGGAGGAAAAUUGCUUGCUUGCGGGACUAUCGUUUUUUGUUCAAUGCGCGCGGCUUAACAGUUAAUUUUGCUAGCGAUGGAUUUUAAAAGAAAGGGAAAAGGAGGGCGCGGUUAAAAUGUCUUAUGUUGAGCAAGAGGUGUUUCGGGUUUAUCAGACAGGUUGUCUUCCGGGCUAUCAAUCGAAAUGCGGUGGGUAUUAGGAGGAUUCGUUGCUGAGCGGCGUGGUGGUUAUUAGUUGGUCUUUGGUAUCAGUCUACGUUACGAUAGCCUUGAGUCUGUCUAUCUCAAUGCAUACUUACGUAGCGUAGCAUGCCUAGCUUAGAUGCCUGGCGCUGAACUGAAAUCAACUAGUGUUACCAUCGUGAGAUGGGCAUUUGAA